GAGAAUAAAACCUGAGAAGCCAGAAACCCGGAGAAUAAAACCUGAGAAGCCAGAAACCCGGAGAAUAAAACCCGAGGAGCCAGAAACCCGGAGAAUAAAACCUGAGCCAGAAACCCGGAGAAUAAAACCAGAGGAGCCAGAAACCAGUAGAAUAACCAGAAACCGAGAGAAUAAAACGCGAGUAGCCAGAAACCUUGAGAAUAAAACGCGAGGAGCCAAAAACCCAGAGAAUAAAACCCGAGGAGCCAGGAGGAUAAAACAUGAAAAACAAGGAGGCCUAAUGAAAGAAGAAAGGCAAGAUCUGAAUGAGGUGGAGGAGAAAUAUCAGGAUCAGAAAGAUCAUGAUGUCAAUGGAGAAAAAUCAGUGAGUUGCGGCAUUAAAAAAACAGGAGUCAAGAGGCCUUUCAUCUGCUCUCAGUGUGGAAAGAGUUUUACACGGAAAGCUAGCUUACAGGAUCACAUGUUUAUUCAUACUGGAAUAAAACCUUUCAUCUGCUCUCACUGUGGAAAGAGUUUUACACGGAAAGUUAGCUUAAAGGAUCACUUCUUUAUUCAUAUUGGAAUAAAGCCUUUCAGCUGCUCUCAGUGUGGAAACACUUUUACACGCAAAGAAAGCCUUGAGAAGCACAUGUUAAUUCAUACUGGAAUAAAGCCUUUCAGCUGCUCUCAGUGUGGAAAGAGUUUUACACUGAAAGCUAGCUUAAAGGAUCACAUGUUUAUUCAUACUGGAAUAAAGCCUUUCAGUUGCUCUCAGUGUGGAAACACAUUUACACGCAAAGAAAGCCUUGAGAAGCACAUGUUAAUUCAUACUGGGAUAAAGCCUUUCAGCUGCUCUCAGUGUGGAAAGAGUUUUAUACGGAAAGUAUCCUUAAAGGAUCACAUGUUUAUUCAUUCUGGAAUAAAGCCUUUCAUCUGCUCUCAGUGUGGAAAGAGUUUUAUAUCUAAAGUAGGCCUUAAGAACCACAUGUCAGUUCAUACUGGAAUAAAGCCUUUCAGCUGCUCUCAUUGUGGAAAGCGUUUCAUAUGUAACCGUAAUCUUAAUAGGCACAUGUUAAUUCAUGCUGGGAUAAAGUCUUUCAGCUGCUCUCAGUGUGGAAAGAGUUUUAGACUGAAACAAGACCUUAAGACUCAUUUGGUAACUCACACUUCAGAAAGUCCUUUCUGCUGCUCUCAGUGUGGAAAGUGUUUUACACAUAAAUCAAGCCUUAAGAGGCACAUGUUUAUUCAUACUGGGUAAAAGUCUUUCACCUGCUCUCAGUUUGGAAAAACUUUUACACAGAAAGGACAUUGCAUGGUUCAUUUGGUAACCCACUCUUCAUAAAACCCUUUCACCUUGGGGAUUUAAAGUAAAUGACUGUUUUUUCUGAAUGACUAACGUCAACUGGAUCACCUCAAGGAUGUGUCCUCUCCCCCUUAUUAUUUAUCUUGUACACAAAGACUGUAAAAGCAGUUUUAGAAAUAGGCAUUCUAUAAUUCCAUAAUCGUUAGCUUAUUGAGUGAGGAGGACUCCAUGUUUGGCCCUGUGGUUUGAUUUCAUUAUGUGGUGUCAGAAUGCUUUCUUGAAAAAUACUGUAAAGGCACAAUAUGUAAUUUUUCACUGCUGGAGGGAGUAUAUUCAAAACAAGCCGUCUAAGUGAAACAAGGCCAACGAACAAACGUGACACACAUAUAGCUUGAAAGCUUUUAUUAAGCCACAGUUGAUCAUAUCUGCUGCUUACAGUCGUGCGAAUGAGAGAAAUGCAGCACUGUUUUCUCAUUCUAGAUACGUUUGAAAGUCCUGUUAUAAUGCUACUCUGUGCGGUCAUCACCAGUCUAUUAAAACACACAACAUUAA